AUGACCUUGCGUAGUCCGGGGUCUUCACCUUGCGGUCACCACCGCCCUACCGCCGCCCCACUGCUGAGCGUGGCUACGGCCGCUGAAUCGGUGAGUGGCAGUCCCGUGUCCGCCGCCAUGCUCGCCUGUCGCCUCCGCACCUGCUUAUUCGCCGCGCUGCUCGUCGCGUUGCUCGCCGAACAUGCGGCAGCCGCCCCACGUUCGCGCCGACAGCUCGCGGAUGACAACACGCUACAGCCAAUUGAUGAGGAGAAUGAGGAGCUGGAGCGAGAGAAGCGGAAGCUGGAGGGUGUCACGCAGGCAAAAUAUACCGUCAAGAAUGCACUGCUGGGCUUUGUGUUUGGUAAACUGAACUCGUUCAUCGACGCAAAGACGCGACUAGUGGAAUCACUGGACAAGAAGAAUAUCGAGCUCAACAAACAAUACGGUAUCGAGCCGCCACAGAACGGACUAGCGUCACUAACAGGCGUGGUGUCGCAGGUCGUAGGGCCUAAGCUACAGUACCUGGCACCUAAGCUGCAGGCGGCAUCAGGUCUCUUGGGAGGGCUAUCAUCGGGCUCUAGUGGCUCCGGAAGCUCCGGCGGUGGCUCAGGUCUGGGCUCCAUCCUUUCACUGGUCACGUCACUGUCAGGCUCUUCAUCAGGCGGCGCCGCGGCUGGCACUGUUGAAACAGUUGACUCCGACGAGGACGAUUCUUGA